UGUGCAUCCGUGAAGCUUCAAGGUGUUCGACUUUCUCAUCAAUAAAACCUCUGGUCACCAGACGAUCAUAGCACUUUCGUCCCUUACCGUCGGCUAGCGACUGGUUUAUCAAAUGGCACCCUAGUAUCAAGACUCCUUUUCGCAAUGAGCGUCCAAGAGCAAACUCAGAAGGUAAUACAGGCCAACAAAGACCACCAAUAUGCUUUGAAGGUUUACACCGAGCGUCUUGAAUCAGAACUAGAGUCUGUAGAAAGAUUGUUGUCCAUUGCGGAGCAAUCGGAUGACGAACUAGAUGUCGACGCUGGCGGCACCAUCGUCAUUCCAAAUGCUGUCAAAGCCACUGGUCCAAUCCCAGCAGAAGUCUCUCUAGAGUCUUCUUUCAAAGACGACGCGGAGAAGAGGAAUCGUUAUUUGAGAUGCACAGACGUUCAUCCGAUGCGAGCCGUCGAAAUAGAAACGUUAGCAGAUGCUGUCUAUACUGAAAACUAUCGUUUGCAUGCACUGGAGUUACAACAGCGGGGACAGCAACCAUUUGGUCCCCCUCCUAGCCACUAUGAGAAUACGGCGGGCAUUAAUUGGGAACGUGUGGCGACGAAGGUGUCGAAUGCUGCCUCAUCUUCCGGUUUUAAACGUACAGCCAGAGAGUGUGAGAUAAAAUGGUUAGGAUCUAGUCACCCGAAGAUUAAUCAGUCGGCCUGGACGCAAGCAGAAAUAUCCCAGGUCAAAGACCUUGUUGACGGACAUAAGGAAGGCGAGGUUGAUUGGGUGGACGUCGCAUCAAAGCUUGGAACAAACCGCACCCCGGUAGACUGUCUCCGACAUGCAAUUACUAGGAGGACCCACGCUUGGACUCCUGAGAGCGAUCGCCGACUUAUAGAGGCCAUCCAGAUAUACGGCACCGUGAGUUGGUUGCAAGUCGCUCGCAUGGUGUCAGAGGAUGCCACUGCUACUCAAUGUCAAAGUCGAUACAUGCGUACUCUGGAUCCAACCAUCAGUAGACUUCCUUGGAGCAACGACGAGGAUGAACGGCUUCGCAGCGCCGUUGGGGUUUACGGCACCGCAUGGUCUGAAGUUUGCGAGUUCAUUCCAAAUCGUAGCAGCGAGCAAUGCCGUGAACGUUGGCAGGAGAAGCUAUCUCCGCACCUGGCGAAAGGUAGAUGGAGCGAAGAAGAGGAUGAAGCACUGCUGGCUGCGGUCGACAAGGUCGGUGAGGGUAAAUGGAAAGAGAUUAGUCGCGUUAUUGGGAAUGGGCGCACAGACAACAUGUGUCGAGGCAGAUAUCACGUCUUAGCGAAGCGAAAGCAAAGAGAAGUGCCCUCUGAUUCUCCCGCACCAGCUGAAGUACAGGCAUCGGAACACCCACUCCAGAUACGGUUUCAUCCCAGUUCUCAGCUAUCACCUCCACCGGCUAAUGGCGCGGCCGACACAGUCCGCAUCGUCUUCGACGAAGGCACUACGCGAGUGCAACAACCAGGUACUUCGCAACAGCGGGAUGAGGCAACAGACAAUGUUGCUAAAGCAAGACCUAAACCACGCCGCAAACGGGCUACCAGAACGGCGACAUCAGGCACUCAAGAGACGGGAGAAGCUCCGUCGUCUUCAACGGGUCCACCAACAACCCCUAGAUCCUCUCAGCCUACCCGUCGGAAGGCUGCUACCAAUAAGUCGCAGGCAAAUACUGAAGAGCCACCUGCAAAGAAACGCCGAACAAACAAGCGAGAAGGCAAAAAGACAAGUGUCCCUGAGGAAUCUUCGGAUCUCCCAACUGCACAAGCACACUACGACCAAGUCAAAGAUGUCAUUGACACACGGCAGGCUGCAGGAACUGAGGACAAACAACCUGAUAAUACCUCAGGGUUGCAAACAUCAGCAACGACGGUGCCUCCUGAACCGAAUGCGACGGAGGUCGCCGAAAAUGCUGGUAUUAACCCUCCAGGUGGUGUAGCUCCUGAUGGACAAUCCAAUACCACGCUAUCAUUUAGAGGGAGAGGUAGAGGAAGGGGUAGGGGAGGAGGACGAAGUGUGGCAGAGAAUACCUCAAUUCCGGUACCUGCGCGAAAGUCAGCUCGUCUGGCGGGAAAGACAGCAGGAGAUUGAUGUGGAAUAUGAUACAAAUCCAUUGACACCCGUGAAUACAAGUACAAAG